AUGGCGUCACCACCCAGUGACAAGACUUCCUUAUCACCAACACUGUCACCUCAGCAGCUCACUACAGGCAUACCCUCACAUCCAUCUUUUGCUGUUUCUGCUCUCCUUUACUUUUUCUUAUUUACUUUUCCUCCUCCUCCUUGUUUUUCUUUCACAUUUUUCUUCUUCUUCUUUCCAGUUCCUCCUUCUCUUUUUCACCUUCUUCUUUUCAGUUCCUCCAUCUUUUUUCACCUUCUUCUUUUCAGUUCCUCCUUCUCUUUUUCACCUUCUUUCCAGUUCCUCCUUCUCUUUUUCACCUUCUUCUUUUCAGUUCCUCCUCCUCUUUUUCACCUUCUUCUUUUCAGUUCCUCCUUCUCUUUUUCACCUUCUACUUUCCAGUUUCUCCUUCUCUUUUUCACCUUCUUCUUUCCAGUUCCUCCUUCUCUUUUGCACCUUCUUCUUUCAGUUCCUCCUUCUCUUUUGCACCUUCUUCUUUUUAGUUCCUCCUUCUCUUUUUCACCUUCUUCUUUCAGUUCCUCCUUCUCUUUUUCACCUUCUUUCCAGUUCCUCCUUCUCUUUUGCACCUUCUUCUUUCAGUUCCUCCUUCUCUUUUGCACCUUCUUCUUUUCAGUUCCUCUUUCUCUUUUGCACCUUCUACUUUUCAGUUCCUCCUUCUCUUUUUCACCUUCUUCUUUCAGUUCCUCCUUCUCUUUUUCACCUUCUUUCCAGUUCCUCCUUCUCUUUUUCACCUUCUUCUUUCAGUUCCUCCUUCUCUUUUGCACCUUCUUCUUUUCAGUUCCUCCUUCUCUUUUGCACCUUCUUCUUUCAGUUCCUCCUUCUCUUUUUCACCUUCUUCUUUUCAGUUACUCCUUCUCUUUUUCACCUUCUUCUUUUCAGUUUGUCUUCCUGUUCUUCUUUGUCAAUCUUCUUCCUCUUAUUGACCUUCUCCUUUUUCCUUAUUCUUUUCACCUCAACCUUUUUCUUCUUUUUUCUCUUCUUCAUUCUACAAACUUUUUCCUCUUUUUUCUUUUCCUUUCUUUUUAUUCUGGAUUUUGCUCACUCUUUCUCUUUAUUUCUUUAAACAUAGAUUCUUUUAUACUUUUCCUUCUUUCCCUUUUUCUCAAUUUUCUUCUCUUUCAUGCAACUCAUUUAAAAGUGUCACUGACAGAAUGA